AUGGCGGUGCAGGAUGAUUGCAUUCUGGUGAACAACAGACUGGCAGUACCUCUUCAACUGAAACAAGCUGUGCUCAAACGAAUUCAUCGGGGACAUCCGGACAAGCAGCAUCUGGAACGAUCGGCGCUAACGGCAUCACAGCUAAAGCGAAGAAUUGAUCAAUCUCGGGAGAAUCUGGAGACAGUCAGAAAAGGGGAACUCAGCAGGGACACCAGCCCACUGCAUAAACAGCAAGUACACUCAGACAGGGAUCGUCAGAGAGCAAAAGCUCUCAAGGAACUACUGGAAGCAAACGCUCGCUGGAACGAGGAAAAAAGAGACGCAGCAAAAAACGACAUACGGCGGAUUGUCGAUGAAACAGGCCUAUCUAACCCAGAACUACGAAAAGAGAUGAUCUUCUCCUGGGAGAAAAAAUUCAUAGAGGAUAAGGAACAGGAAAAUUCGCAGUCUCCGAGGAAGACAAUUCUGCGUAAGGAUGAAUUACUUAAGAGUGACCAAGCGCUCACAAAAUCGCUAAAGAAAUCAGAGAAAAAGACGAAAGGCAAGAAACCAGACAAUAAACCGAAAAAAUCGACCAAACAAACUGGUACCGCAGUCGACCAGAGCAGCGAACAAUCAACAUCCACUUUGGAUACCUCGAAUAGAGACGUUCAAUCGAGCUCCACUCCAAAAAACAAACAAAAGGCCAAACUGAAGAAGAUAGACUCAGAAACACGACCUGAGGACAUCCUCGACACAUUUCAAAACGGAAACCUGGCACCAGCAGAGUGGGAGAAUUCUGCGGACCAACUUCUCAAGAGGGAUGUUCAAAAAGUCGCGGACAAUCUCAGAGGACAUGUUCAGCCAGCAUCUGAACGGGAUACGAGAUUUGAGCCUCCUCAGGGGGUUUCAGACGAUUCUAGCGCCGAAGAAUCGGGAGUUCGACGAAGCUCAAGACAGACUAAGAGUAAAGAGCCACAACGGUUUGGGGACCCAGUCAAACAUUCCAUCAAGGAAGUAUCGGAGGAGUUGUCAGGGGGAGCACUUCUCAAGGCCGCACUCCAGGAGUACCGAAGAAGACUAACGGACUUCCAAGAACGGAGCGACAGGCCUAUAGAGUUCUAA